AUGCCCUGCAGCCCAGGGAACCUUCGCGCACAACCAAGCUCGGUGUGCACUUGGGAGCGAAAACGCACGGAGACCGAGAGCGGGCAUCGUGGGCUGCUCCAGCUCUGCGAGCCCCCGGGCAACAGAAGCCGGGCCAGCCAGGACACCAAGCUGAGCCGGCCCGGGACUUCGAGCCGCCUCUCCCGCACCCUCCCCGGCACCGCACAGCCCCGCAGCGAUACCAGCGCGGCCUGCUGCAGAGUGUGUGCCCGCGUUGGGCCCCGCUUCGUUCCCCGGACCGUGCUUAACCUAAACCACAACCCUCGUAUUCUUCGAUACAUUCCAGAGGAGUCCAAAGACAGAAUUAUCUCAGGUGAAGAUGUACUCGGAAUGUUACUGAAAGCUUCACAGUCUCUAGUUCUGGGCAGGCUCUAUUUUGAAAUGACUGUAGUAAACAAUCUCUUGACUGUGCUUCCAGAACCUGUUGAGUCAAAAUAUCAACACCUACUGGCCAUUCAGCAUCAAAGGGUGAAACUGCUUAGAAACAGACACCACCAACAAAGCAUCUUCAAAACAGAAGACAGGCUUUUUAAGACCUUGGGUUUCAUUCAGUGUUGCUUGAGCAGCUCCCUGAUUUCUGUAGGAAGAGGUGUUGCCACUAAAGGACUGAUACCAAAAGGGGCAGUCGUGUCUGUGUAUUCCGGUCCAGUAAAUAGAAGUAUGAGCCAUUUUUUUUCCCAGUCCAUUGGAAAUCCACUUAUUUUCAGAUGCUUGGAUGGCAUAUUCAUUGAUGGAAAUGACAAAGUAAUACCAAGAAUUAUAUUCAAAUGGCUGCUGUGUGGCAAUGUAGCUGCUUUGAUCGGUAGACGGAAACUUUUUGGAAAGAAAUUGCACUUGCAGGAUUCAUGUUGUGCUUUUGGAUUCUGCUUUGAUACACAGAACCCUCUCAGCUCACGUUUUCAGCUCUUCUAUCUUGCGCUGCGAGAGACUGACUUAGGCUUUAAGAAUGAGUGCCAUUCCAGAGUUAACAUUCAGAAAUUCACAAUCCACUCACUAGAGGACAGCGUGUCAACGAUUGUUCAGACAACAUCGCCACUAAUGUGUUAUUAGGAAUUUGAUGUGUCUGCAGUUUGCCCUGUGAAACAAGCAAAUCUCCCAAACACUGCCUACAGCUGCGACAAAGUCAGUCAGUCUUUACAAUCAGCGUGUCCUGUAUUCUAUGUUAGACUACAUUUGAAAACUAAGAUUUCUAAGAAAGAUCUUUAUAGAAUUAGGAGUAACUUUUUCUUUUUAGUAAAAAUUGAUGGACAGGGAGGUGGUCCAUUUCGAUGUGGCGUUCUUGUUGCACUUAGGGACCUCAAGCAAGGACGGGAGCUUUGGUCAAACUACGACAUGGUUAUCAGCUAA